AAAAAAUUGUGCGUUUAGCUUAUACUCAAACACAAGUGAAAAUUGUUACUGUAAUUUCUUGAAAUAUGUUGUUUUUAAGCUCCUUUUUCUUUCUGCUUUCUUUGUACUUCGGAUGCCUUAUAAUAGGCGUAACAGGGCUGAUCAUUGGGGUCGUGGCCCUUACCAUUGCCAUGUGUAAGCUUUUUCUGCAAUCAAAACAAGAAACGGUUUGGACGAUUGCCGCUGUUUUCGCCUUGUUGUACUUGGCGGCGAAGGUGCUGCUGUUAUUGGGCACGAUGUGGCACUUGUGCUGGAGCCUUCUCGUGUCCUUCGCUGUCAGUGUGGUUUGUGUUUUCUUGCUGCUGGCCAUACUCAUUGUCGGUUUUGCCGGCAGCACGAACCGUGUACAACUCAUGCUAUGGAUUGUCAUGAUUAUACUGGAGACAUACUACUUGUGGGUAAUCAUCUCGCAUUGGCACAACUGUUGGACGGGAGUAGACUCGGCUGAGCUCUAAGCGCAGCGCAAUUAUUUGUGACAACUAAAUUCUCUAAUUAUAAUCAGCGAAAUUUAAUAAUAAUUUAAACGAUUUA